UUUUGCUUCGAGUGCAGGUAGUGGACAGAAAUUUAAGAAACCUAACUCCUCGCCGUUAAUGGAGCAUACGACAGCGACGAGGAGAAUUAGGAGAAUCCUCGAUCAUGUGUUGGCAUACGAAGCUAUCCUCUCACCGACUUCUCACCUGUCAGCAAUGAAUUGCAGCAGCACACUGAACUCCAUGGCUGGGAGGUCUGAUAAUCGAUUGCUUUAUGCCCCUCGAGAUUCAGUUUCCCAAGCUGGUUUUAUACAUCAUGAUUCAGUCAAAGAGGAAGAACCUUUGUUCUCUAGAAAAGCUCGGGAGAGUUGUAGCUUCCCAGAUUCAAGGGAUAUUCAUUUAUCAAAGCAAGCUUCUUCUUCAUCGUCUACUGAGGCUGUUAAGUUUGCUGGAAAAAGUGAUAAAAUUGAGAAGAAAUCGAUCUAUAGUAGGACAUCAUGCCCUUCUAUAUCGAAUGGGAUGGGUUUCUGCAAAUUGUGGUUCCUAAAAUCAGCACUGAACUACAGAGAAGAGAGCCCACAGAGAAUGUCUCCAUUUUCAGAAGAGAGUAAUUAGAAAUCACACACAAGUUUGUAUGUUUUGACUUCUGUUGAACAUUUCCACCAAGAUAUAUAAAUAUAAAUAUGGAAGAUUUACAUUUAUACCGCCUAAUUCCUAUGUAUUUACAUUUCUUGCACUGAAAUUUUUAUUUUUGCAAACUUAGCAUUUUACCGAUGCAUGAGAAGAUGUAAUACUUUUUGAAAAUUGAAAUUGUAAGUGAUGAAAGAUUUGGUUGGUAUACAUGUAAAACACAGUGUUUAGGUGUUAAAGAUAUGCAAAACAUAUAGGACUAAGAUGGUAUGUAUGUAAAUGCUGCCUAAAUAAAUGGUUUUUAUAUUGAGUUUGCCUGCUGCAA